AUGUCCUUAAAUAAUUUAAAUAUGAACGAAUUUUUAGACGCCAUUGAUGCAUCUACAGUCACGGAACAUUAUACCACCGCACCAACCACUACUCCUACUUCAACCACUAACCCGACCUCUGAUCCUACUUCUGCUCCCGCUCCAGUCCCAUCCGAUUCCAAAUACUACAGUACUGUUCCAAUGCGUUUCUCUGGCCGCUAUGAUUUAUUUAAACUACCAGAUUUCUUCGUUACCGUCGAAGCACAACUUUAUGCUCGAAACCUCCAAACAGAUGUGGAUCGUAUUGCUUUCUUUGGCCGUAACUUAACUGGACCCGCUGUACAAUGUUGCCAAGUUAAAAUGUUUAUUAAAGAGAAACCUGUUAAUGUUUUAGUGGAUACAGGUUCCUCCACAUUUUCCAUUAGAGUCGGUAUUGCUAACAAUCUUAAGCUAACUUGUUCUAGCGCUCCGCCAUUCCGUUUUAGAGGUGUCAUAUCAUUCAAAUCUUCCUAUACUAAUGAAUUUGCUGAAAUUUCACUCGAACUUGAUGAUAUAAAGAUUUAA